AUGAAAAUAGAAGAACUCCCACCACCGUUGCUCAGUGAGGUGGUUAGUAAAGUGGCAGCAAAUAAUUUUCAAGACCUACUACAACUUCAACAAUGUUCUCAUAAGCUAGCUAUGGUGUGUUUGGAGCCACAUAUGUUACGACUUCUCAGUUUUAAAUCCUUGUAUGAAAUACAAACGGGGGGUACCAGUGAUACUUACUAUUUGCAAUACGUGUUCAUGCAAAAGUGUGUUGAUGAUGGCAAUUUGGAGGCUAUGUUUGUCUCCGGAGUGGAGCUAUUUUUCUUGCAUCAAAAUCGGGCAGAUGGGCUAAGUAUUCUAACCAAAGGUGCAUAUCUUCAGCAUACUGGUUGUAAGUUUGCUUUAGCCAUUGCAUUAAUAUAUGGUAAUGAUGCUGAUAAAGUAAAUGGUAUUCAACAACUUUCGAACAUGAACACAAACAUAACAAAUAAACUGAUCAUAAAACAUCGGAGGGAACAAAUGAUUUCAAUAGUGAAAAGAGGGUGGUCAAAUGGGUUAUUUCAUAACAUUCCUGCUUGUUGUGAGGAAGAUUAUGGACCAUCGAACUAUGAAGGUGACAUGGUUCACGUCAAAUGGUGGAUGGUCGAGCGAAUAAAUUAG